GUCAAAAGGGUAUAUAAAUGUUACACCAUUUUUUAUACUGUUGAGUUUCAACACCUCGGCAACAUGUUUAGGCUAAUUUUGACGACUGCUGCGUUUGCGGGUCUAAUUUGGGGUGCUCCCCAGCUCUCCCUGGAAGGCCUAGAUAUAGACGGAAGAAUUGUCGGUGGUAACAACACCACCAUCGAGACUCACCCAUACAUCGUCUCUGUCCAAGAAUUAAACAAUCACGUCUGCGGUGGUUCCAUCAUCGCCGCCAACUGGAUCCUAUCUGCAGCCCAUUGCUUCACGGCGAACACCACGGCCUACUCUAUCCGCGCGGGAUCAACUUUCCGCAACACCGGAGGACAAGUGAUUAACGUCAGCAGGAUUAUCAUCCAUCAAAGCCAUAACAGAGCCACCCUUGAUUACGACAUCGCUCUUCUCCAACUUAACAGUUCCAUCACCACUAUCGCAGCCCGUGCAGUCUCUUUGGCGGCUCAAGGCGGCGCACCUCUAGCUGGAACCACGGCGACUGUCACGGGAUGGGGAGCUCUUUCAGAGGACGGACCGCUCGCCAGCAUCCUCCAAGUGAUCAACGUUCCGAUCAUCAGCCAGGCUAAUUGUCGUAUAGCUUACGGACAGAACACCAUAACCGACAGGAUGUUCUGCGCGGGUGUUUUGGGUGUGGGAGGAAAAGACGCUUGUUUCAACGAUGCUGGUGGACCUUUGAUCGCCGGUGGGAUGCUCACUGGUAUCGUCUCGUGGGGUUAUGGUUGCGCCCUUCCGAAUUAUCCUGGAGUGUAUGCUAGCGUUCCCAAUCUUAGGACUUGGAUUAGAAAUGUCACUGGCCUCUGAGUUGUUCACGUUUUCAUCAAAUAUGUACAAAGAAUCCGAUAAAUAUUAAAAUUUUAGAGGUUAUGUCAAUGGAAACAGUUGUAAUUGAAGUACAUAUCAUAGAACAGUGUUAAGAUACGUAAGAGUUAGUUAAACAUUGAAAUAGUGGUUCAUACUAGACACAACACACAUGGUAAUAGUGAUUUUCACCAAUAAUUGUAAAAUUCUUUGUCCAAGCUAAAUAUGAAUACAUGCAAAUGGAGUUUG